CUUGAAUUUUAAAUUUAAACGCAAUUCUUGUUUCUCUUUCUUCUUUUUUUAAAAUAUAUUCCACAUAAAUGACACAAUACCUUGUAGCUGUAUGGGAUUAUACUGCCGAAGGAGAGUUCGAGCUUUCUUUUAAACAAGGCGAUAGAAUUAAACUGCUGGAAAAACAUAACGACGACUGGUAAAAGGACACCACUUUGUUUAUAUGGGAAUGACAUUUUUUUUAUUCACCUUUUGUAUUAUCUUUUUAGGUGAAUUAAAUGAAGAAAUUGGUUUCUUUCCUGCAAAUAGAAUCCGGUUAGAAACGUCGCAAGGUCCUCAAAGUGAACCUUUAACGACUGAAGAACCACCGACAAUGCCUACUUCUCAUCAACCUAUGCAACCACAGGCCGUCGAAACACCCAUUCCAUCCCCUCCUAAAGUCAUUUACGAUUCGCCAUUACCACAAGGCUGGGAACAUGCCUAUGAUGAGGAAGGCACCAUAUAUUAUUUUAAUGAGUUUACAGGUGAAUCUCGAUGGGAACGACCAGCAGAUGAACUGGAGGAGGAAAAAGAAGAAGAAGGAGAAGAGGACGAGGAGGAGGAAGAGGAGCGGCGUGGUGAAAUUAAACGGGACGAAAGUCUCGAAAGUUAUGCACAAAGUCUACAACCUGACGAAUUAAAGAAACUGGAAUUUCAUCAAUUGAAACCAGAUUGGAUUCGACACAAGGGGUACGUCCAGAUGAAGAUGAUCUCGGAAAAGGAGGAUGGAGGCAAACUUAGUUCCUGGAAAGUCUAUUAUGCAGUUUUAUCCAAUGGCUUUUUGUUGUUGUACAAGGAAGCCCACGCUAAAAGCAAGAAACCAUCACAUACUCAUGUUCCGGUAGGUAGUUUUGAUCUGGAAUCUUGCAAGAUUGAUCCAGCAGGGAAGCAAGAUACAAAACGCAAACACGUAUUCAUUAUCUCGACACCCAAAAAAGUAAAACUUUAUAUACAAACAACAAGCGACAAGGAAUUUUCUGCUUGGCUGGACGCUAUUAUGAGAGAACUGGUGAAGCGUAAGGAAGGUCAAAACGAGGACACAGAAAUUUUGAGACUUUUAAAAUCACUUACAUUUGACGAAAGCCAAAUGAAAGUCAACCGAAAAAUGACGAGCACAGAUGAUAAAAAGAGUAAGGGACAUUGGUUUUCUUCCAAACCAGGUAAAAAUGGUGACAUUCGAAAAAUUGAACCUCGGUAUGUAUAUGGCCAAACACAACCUUCUGGUGAAAAUGAUGUGUUUGGCGGACUUUUGAGAAUGGAAGAAAAUGGAGACAUACCCCAUAUUGUCACCCUCUGUAUUAAGGAAGUGGAAGCAAGAGGGUUAAAGUCGGUGGGCAUAUAUCGAUUGUCUGGCCCAGCUUCUACCAUACAAAAAUACAGAGCUGCGUUUAAUAAUAAGGAAGCAGUGUCAUUUAAGGACGAACAGGAUAUUAAUACUGUGACUGGUUUACUAAAACUCUAUUUCCGAGAACUUCGUAAUCCUUUGAUGACACAUGAAUAUUACGACUGGUUUAUGGAAGCCGCCAGAAUGAACGAUUACGAGGAGAGAAUGUAUCAGAUUAAAUCCAUCAUCCACAGUUUACCCAAGCCGAAUUAUACGGUAUUAGAAUAUCUUAUGCGACAUUUAAAUUUAGUGGCAUCUUAUUCAGAGAUCAACAAAAUGGAGUCAUCCAAUUUAGCAUUAAUAUUCUCGGUUGGAUUAUUAAGGUCCCCACUAGAAGAUCUGAGCAGUAUCAUGCAGUCAGACCUUCAGAGUAAAAUCAUUGAAGCCAUUAUUCAACAAGUAGAUUGGUUCUUUGAAGAAGAAGAGGAAAACGUAGAGGAUGUUUAAAAAAUAAAAUUUUAUUUAUAUAUAUAUAUUAUGUUACAAGUGUUGGGUGGCUGUUCUCAGUUCAAGAUUAUCCGAAUUAUCUA